AUGGCCGCCGCCGCCGCAGCCCCCGCCCCUGGCUUCCCCUCCCUUUACUCAAAUUAUAUUCACCCCGGCAUUUCCCCCUUUGCUUUGAUCUCUUACUUCCCUCGUCCUCCGCCUCAAUCAUGGCCGCCGCCGCCGCAGCCCCCUGGCUCUCCCUCUCUUUACUCACGCUUCCCUCAGUUCUCCUCCUCAUCCCGCCACCGUCAACUCUCGAUCUCAUGCACCGCGGUCAUUUCCUCCCCUAUUCCCUCAUCCCUUGUUGCCAACGAUCGUGGUGUUUAUAAUUUCGCUGCCGGCCCCGCCACCCUCCCUGAAUCCGUCAUACUCAAAGCCCAAUCGGAGCUCUAUAACUAUCGCGGCUCCGGCAUGAGUAUCAUGGAGAUGAGCCACCGCGGCAAGGAAUUCGACGCUGUCAUCAAGAAAGCCGAAUCCGAUCUCCGCCGCCUCCUUUCAAUCUCGGAUGAAUUCGCUGUCCUCUUCCUCCAAGGUGGCGCCACCACCCAGUUUUCUGCCGUUCCUCUUAAUCUCUGCAAGCCUGAUGAUCCCGCCGACUACAUCAUCACCGGAUCUUGGAGCGAUAAGGCUUAUAAAGAAGCUCAAAAGUUCUGCAAACCGAGCAUUGUUUGGUCCGGGAAAUCCGAAAAGUAUACGAAAAUCCCGUCGUUUGAUGAGAUCGGGCAAAACCCAGAUGCUAAAUAUCUCCAUAUCUGCGGGAAUGAAACAAUUCAUGGAGUUGAGUACAAGGAUUACCCCGAACCCAAGAACAUGAACUCGAUUUUGGUCGCCGACAUGUCAUCAAAUUUUUGCUCGAAGCCUGUGGAUGUUUCAAAGUUUGGCUUGAUCUAUGCUGGGGCGCAGAAGAACGUCGGUCCUUCAGGCGUUACUAUUGUCAUUGUUCGGAGAGAUCUUCUUGGAGAUGCGCAGCCAAUCACCCCUGUGAUGCUUGAUUACAAGAUCCACGCUGAUAAUGCUUCGCUCUACAACACCCCGCCAUGUUUUGCUGUUUAUAUUUGCGCUCUGGUGUUUGAGGACCUACUUGAUCAAGGUGGACUUCAAGCUGUGGAGGAGAAGAAUAUUAAAAAGGCAAGCAUUCUCUAUGAUACCAUUGAUGGGAGCGGUGGAUUUUAUGUCUGCCCUGUUGAGAAAUCAGUGAAGUCGUUGAUGAAUGUGCCAUUCACUUUGCCAAACUCAGACCUUGAGAAGAAGUUCAUUGCGGAGGCUGCAGAGGAGGGAAUGAUUCAGCUCAAGGGACAUCGAUCGGUGGGUGGAGUUCGGGCAUCGAUAUACAAUGCGAUGCCGCUUGCUGGUGUGGAGAAGCUGGUUGCUUUCAUGAAGGAUUUCCAGGCCAGACAUACUUGAGCGAAGUAGUGUUUCGGGAUUUCAAUUUCCUGGGUUUUUUUUUUCCCUUUUGGGUAUUCUCUUAAUAUUGAAAGGUUCUAUCUGUUAUUUGCUUUCUUCAAUUUGUUUACAUGCAUGCCAAUCUCUAUAUCUGUUGUCUUUCUUUAUGAUCCUUACUUCAAGUUUAAUCUUUCUGUUUUAACUGCGCUGCAGUUAUUGAAUUUAAGAUGAUAUGUAUUUUAUUUGCUUCCUGCCAA